GCACUUGGACUGCAGAAAGCAGCAGAAUGAGGGGUUGGAUGCAACUAGGGCUGUUUUGUCUCAGCCUGCUCAUCUCCAGUCUUCAUGGAGAACAAACUGACAAAGAAAGCAGCAUAGAACAACCACCAAAUUUUACAUUUGAACAGGAGGAUCUUCAUCAGUAUGAGGUCUCUGAAAAUGAACUGGAACCGAAUCAUCUGUCUCACGACUAUGACAUCAUGCCAGUGAUACACAGAGUACGGCAACAGUCAGUCUCUGCAGAAAAGGAAUUUAAUGCGAAGAAAGAAGUCUUCUCGCCACUGAGUAGCAUCCGCACCAAGAGACAGGAGAAUGCCAAGGUUGCCAGAAGAAAAAGACCUCCGCGCAUAGGAGGUCUCACCCCUUUAGGAGACAGUGGAGUUCCACAGCCUCCUCGUGCUAAGAGGCAGAACAAUGAUCGAAAACAACGCAAGAAGCCUAAACCAGGGAAGUUCUCUAUACUAGCGUCUCUUCCCAAGGUUCCCACAUCCCCUGAAAAAGAAAAAAUAACAAUUGCUUAGCGACAGUGUUUCAGCCUCAAGUUAUGCUUGUGGAAAUAAUAUCUUUUCUUUCUACUACAAUUUCCUUCCAAAGUAUAUAUUUAGGGUAAAUAACAACAAUCUAUGUGACAAUUUACCUGGAUUCUGGCUGAUCUGGAAUCCCAAUAGGCACCACUAGGAUGCAGCAUUUACCCAAAAGAUGGUAACUCCGGACAGCUUGGCUUCUAUAUAACACAAUGUUAAAUUGAUGUAUGCUUAUUUGUAUCAUAACUACAAUAAAGCAUUUGUGUGUAGUAUAACUUUACUCUGUGGACC